CAGACUAGCGGAAGCCUUCGGUGAAGCGUCGGCAGCUGGCGGUCGGGCUGCCGAGCCGGCGCGCGCUAAGGCUGCUGGGAGGCUGUGGAGCCCAAGCAGCGGGAUGGCUUCGGCGGUGGCUUGCGGCGCCCUCCCGGGCUGGGUCUCCAUGCUUGCUUGGGGCCUGGCGCUGUGGUGCCUGUGCGGGGCGGGCCCGCUGUGGAGUGGCAGCCACGAGUGGAAAAAGCUAAUUUUGACCCAGCACUGGCCCCCAACAGUUUGCAAGGAAGUUGACGGCUGCAGAGAUACUCUGGAUUAUUGGACAAUACAUGGACUAUGGCCUGAUAAAGCAGAAGAAUGUAACCAAUCCUGGCACUUUAACAUAAAUGAGAUUCAGGACCUAAUGCAAGACAUGAAGAUCUACUGGCCCGAUGUAAUCCACCCGUCGGCUAACCGCACCCGGUUCUGGAAACACGAAUGGGACAAGCAUGGCACCUGUGCUGCCCAGGUGGACGCCCUCAAUUCCGAGAAGAAGUACUUCGGGAAGAGCCUGGAUCUGUACAAGCAGAUUGACCUCAACAGUGUACUGCUAAAAUUUGGGAUCAAGCCAUCUAUCAAUUACUACCAGCUUGCAGAUUUCAGAGAUGCGCUUACCAGGAUCUAUGGCGUGGUGCCUAAAAUCCAGUGCCUUGUGCCAGAGCAGGGAGAGAGUGUACAAACUGUUGGUCAAAUAGAAUUAUGCUUCACCAAGGAGGACCUCCAUCUGCGAAACUGCACUGAGCCAGAUGAGCGGCUGUCCUUCAGGCAGGACGCCUGGCUGGCCACGGGGUCUUCCACACACGGGAUGAUGGUCUGUGAAGAUGGUCCAAUCUUCUAUCCUCCGCCUGCAAAGACCCAACUUUGAUGUUCACAUUUUGGAAAUAUUUUAUGUUCCAUAAACGGGAGUCCCCAGCUGGUGCCUGCUUCUCCAGUGUUCCCAGAUCCUGCCUCUUUCCGGGGAGACCAGCACUGUUCUUUACACGUUUAUGUCUGAAUCGACCUGCAUCGGCAGCAAACCACAAGUGCAUGCCAAUUCCAGUUCUGUUCUACUACCACAAGGAUUGCUACAGCCGUUCCCUUGCCCUGCCAGCACCUGCUUCUUUAUUAGUAAGCCUGGCUUCUGUUCCCUCCGGUGUCUUUGCUUAUUUGAUGGAUCCACUGCGUAGAGAUGAGCUCCUGCUUGCAUCCUUUGCCACACCAUGGAGGCGAGCAUGCUCUCACUCCUUCACCAUCCUGGUCCUUAAUCCACUGGGUCUCUGAUACUCAGAAAAGGGGAGGAAAACCAAUGCUUCGUUUUCACAACUUGCAAAUUUCAUGUGCAUCGACACACACUAGGAUUCCUGCAGAUGCAAAAGGCAAGCAGAAGGAGCAGAGGGCGGCACAGUGCAUGUGUUGCAGUACUAGGCAUGCUCUGAGAGCUCACACUCAGCUGAAUGCUUGUCCUGACACCCUGCUGUAAAGUCCUGCAGAGGUCUAAGUGCAGGAAGAUUGCAUUGGACAUUUCUUUACCCCUCCCCCCCAGUAGAUGGAUUCUGGGGUGGAGUUCACACCUAGGAGCCCUGGAGGCUGAGAACUGAGGCUGUUGUUGCCUGUUUUGCAGAGCCGAAGAGACAUUGCCUGUUUCUUUACCCUGUAUUUUUUUUUUGCCAUACUUCAAUACCAUUUUUUUUACAUAAUUUUUCCUAC